UUAGACCUUUCAUAUGAUUGUUAAAAUGCUACAUAUUAAUUGUUAUUUAAACGUGAAGACAAUUAUAGUUUCAUUAUCUAUUAUAGGAUUCAAUGUAUGAUGCAUUUUUAGUAUGUAAUUAAUAAAACUAUUUCUCCUGAAGCAAAUAUAAAAUACUGAUAACGUGCUGAUGAUUUCAGGUUGGAAUGAACUCUGACAUUACUGAAUUUUAUAUUUUACAAAGUAGUAAUUUUAAAUAAAAUAGUACAAUUUAAAUAUAGAUUAAUUUAUUAUGCUUUCGGAUUUAAAAAGAAUGUUAAGACAAAUUGAAACUAUAAAUGAUUUUAUCGUUUUUUCAGCAAUAAACGUUUUGGUACAUUUUACUAGUGAUUUACUAAAUUGACGCGUGCUUAACCCUUGUCUCUCUUGGUUUGUGUAUUAAUAAUUUGCAUAGGAAAUGCGGUACAUCGCAAAAGUCCUUUGCAUUUAAACAAACCACCGGGGGACACGAGCUAAAUACGAUUCAAAGGAACGGUAGAUCAUCAGUAAGAUGUAUUUAUUUGGACCACUACUGACUACUGCCAAAAAAAUUGUCUGCUAUCAUCUCAGUGAAAAUACCCUUUCAAGAUGAAGAGAUUGGAACUACUGCAGCUUUGCUCUUGAGAUUUCCAUUUAAAAUUGGAUUCUUCACCAUGUUCAUCAUGAAAUAAAAAUAAAACGUUACGAAUUGGCAACACUUCCGCUUUUGCUUCUUUGUGCGAAGGUGAAGAAUUUUGGCGGUUCCCGUAAACAUUUCCAUAAGAUCGAAAGGUUUCUACAGAAAAAAACGUGAAGUACCGUGGAAAUAAUAAGGUAAUUUCACAAAGAUGAAGGAAGAAAAUGGACUAGAUUCUGCUCCAAAUGUAUCCAUUAAAAGAAAAGCUGAGGAUGAACAAGAGUCUCCUCCAAAACGUCAGAAGAGGAAGAAACAAAAAACUACAAGACCAAAAAAUGCUUUAAUGAGGUUAAAUGAAUUGAAACCAGGUUUGCAAUAUAUUAUAGAAUCACGAGAAGGUCCACCUCAUAAUCCUACAUUUGUUGUUUCAGUGGAAGUUUGUGGACAAAAGUUUACAGGUCGCGGCCAAUCCAAGCAAUUAGCCAAAUGUGCAGCUGCUCAAUGUGCUUUGGAUGAUGUUUGUGGAAGUGAUUUAACAGGUGAUAAUAUAGAAAAUGAAACUGGUGCUUUUAAUCAGUCUGAGGGAGGAAAAAAAAUUAAAAUGGAUUUAAGUAAAGAAGAAGCAGAAAAAAGAUUAGAAAAAAUUAAAACAGAAGCUGAGGAUAAGAAUCCAGUUAUGGUAUUAAAUGAAUUACAUCCAGGAAUUGAAUUUAUAUUAGUAAAAGAGAAUGUAGCUCUACCCGCACAAAGAUUUACAAUGAGUGUUGAAAUUAAUGGAACAACGUUUGAAGGGUCUGGUCCAAAUAAAAAAUUAGCAAAAGCUGCAGUAUCAAGAGUUGCUUUAAGCAGUUUAUAUAAUAUUAAUUAUAAUGUAACUUCAACAACAAGCCAAGGAAUUUUACCAGAAGAAUUUAUUUUCCCACAGUCAAUAGCAGAUAAAAUAUCUGAUGUAAUUCACAAAACAUUUCAAGAAGUGAUGGUCGACAAUGUUGAGUAUGCAAAAUGGAAAGUGUUGGCAGGAAUUGCCAUGACUUCAGACCCUGAAAUGAAUAAAAUAAAAAUCAUUGGUAUCAGUACUGGCACAAAAUGUAUUAAUGGUGAACAUAUCAGCAUGAAUGGUGUUUGUUUAAAUGAUUGUCAUGCAGAAAUCAUUUCACGGAGAUGUUUGAAAAAUUUCUUGUAUUACAAUCUAGAAAUGAUUUCAGCUGGCUUGAAAGAAGAUUCCAUAUUUAUGCCAAAUGAAAAUGGUGCUGGUUAUUGUCUUAAACCAAAUAUAAAAUUUCAUCUUUAUAUCAGUACUUCACCUUGUGGUGAUGCCAGAAUAUUUUCACCACACGAAGAAGCAACUUCUAAGAAUCCUGUUGAUCAUCAUCCGAAUCGCAAAACUAGGGGUCUUUUGAGAACAAAAAUAGAAUCUGGAGAGGGAACCAUUCCUGUCAAAAGUGGGGAUGCUAUCCAAACUUGGGAUGGCAUUAUUCAAGGUCAGCAACGAUUGUUAACUAUGUCAUGUUCAGACAAAGUUGCUGCUUGGAAUAUUGUUGGCAUACAAGGAGCACUACUAAGUUAUUUUAUUGAGCCUAUUUAUCUGGAAAGUAUUAUUCUGGGAAGCUUAUUCCAUCCUGGUCAUAUGCUUCGUGCCAUGUGGGGCAGAUUUGAAAAUUCUUUGGGUGAGUUGUCCAAACCUUUUAGUUUAAACAAACCUAAGAUGUGUUGCAUAACAAAUCCCGAAACACGUCAACUUUCAAAAUCACCAAAUUUUAGUGUUAACUGGAUUGUUGGAUUUGGAAAACCCGAAGUUAUCAAUGCGACUACAGGAAAAUUAGAAAAUGGCGAAUUUUCAAGAUUAAGUAAAAGAUCCUUCUUCGAACGUUACAGUGUGUUAUUUAGUAAAAUUUCAUCCGUCACAAAGAAAAAGACUAAGAAACCACCACAGUUAUAUUCUGAAGCCAAAAACUCUGCUCCCCAUUAUCAAGCAGCAAAAACAGAACUGCGAAAAGCAUUUAUGAAAGCAGGUUUAGGAACUUGGGUACAGAAACCAGAAGAACAAGAUGAUUUUGAUUUAAGUUAAACUUCUCCAUACAUUUCAAGAUAUAUAAAUAUAUAUAUAUAAAUACAUUAUAUUGUAUAUUUUAAAUCAGUCAUCUUUGAGUCUCAGUUGUAAAACUUUGUGAAAAUCAUCACAAGAAAUAGUUUUAUGGCAUUACUUCUUCACUUAAAUUGCUUUUUAUAUGCUGUAACACUUAAUUUGAUCAACAACACAUCACAUUAACCCGAUAAAUAUAAAUUAAUACACAACCAACCAUCAACCGUAAUAAUCUUAUCGUAUUAAAUUAAUUUGAUUGUUACAAUGAUUGAUUUUAAUAUACUUCGUUACAGUUAUGUAACUGUAGCUGUAAAGAUAUGAAGAUACGAUCAUGACACUGAAAGUUCAACAAUAUUUGUAAGAACUUUUAAAUAAACUUUUCACUGCACAUAAAAAUUUAAGAAUAUGUUUUAGUGGCUACAUAAAAAAUUAUUGUUGAAAAAACAAUAUCAAUGUUAAGAGAUUUCACAUAAUAAACGGUUGAUUUUUAUUAAGAUAAAUAUUUGUAUUAUUGUAUUCCAUAUUGUGAUUAUUUCAUAAUUAAUCUUUAAGUACACUUUUCAGUGUAGAGGAUUCAAUGUGUUAUCCUUGCUGUUGUGUAAUAUUUCAAAAAUGUGCCUUUCUGUCAUUCCAUUUGAAAUCAUUUAGAAUGUGGAAACUGUAGUGAUUACAGUGAUUUAGAAUUGUAGAAAGAUAUAAAAUGAAUAUCAUUGUAAUUAGGAAAAAUCAUUUUAUAAUAAUUCAUUUAAUCCUUCCUAAAUCCUUCAAUGAUCAUCUGAAUAUUUCCAUUUUAUAGAAUGGAAUAGAAAGAAGAAUUUAAGUUUUCAGAAUAAAAUUGUUGAAAUCA